AUGACAAAAUUUAUCUUUAUUAUACAACAAUUUUUGAAACCGAGGCACAGUGAUUGGGACUGCGAUCUCCCCCGGGUGUUUUACGAUGCCUUGUUCGAAUUUCAUCUGAUGCUGUCUAUCAAUCCGGAACUUACAUUGGAAAGUAUCACUGCUGACUGUUCAACCGAAGAUUCCAAGCAGGGUACUACUGACCAACCGUGUCGCGGUGAUGAUCAUCAUUCCCUCUACUCCGAACAGUUGACUGGCCCCAUAUUCGUUCGAAUUCUACUCAUUGCUCUGCUGACCACUAACAUGUUCGGUAUUGAAAAGUUCGCUCGAAAGCUUGCGGAUUCAGAAAACCCACAGAAAGAAGAUGAAAAGGAUGGUUUGGUUCAGACGAGCAGAACGAAGACAAGUGAAGUGGAAGACGGACAAAGUUUUGCGGAAGACCAGGUAGCGCUACCUUAUACUGCCGUGUAG